CAGAGGCGUCCGCGCGCGUGCUGUUGCUGUUGGGUUUCCAUGGCAACGACAAAGCGCCUCUUUGUUUGCCCGUUCAGGCAUCAACUAUAAUUGAUGUUUUAUCAAAGAGUCCGCAGCGUAACGUCACUGUGGACACCGUUCAUUCUCAAGAUUUCCAAGUGUAAGCAAACAUUGGUUUAAUAGUUCGCUAUCCCUAUGAUGGUUGUAAUAUAAAAGGUACACAAUCGAGCUCUCGAGUAGGAUUUGCAGUUACUGCGUUCAUUAGGCUAAUGUGCUAGCUUGGUUUAGCUAACCCGGUCAGUGCAGUUUGACUAGCGAUAGAUAGAUAACAGCUGAUCGGUUACCGAUACAACACUUUGUUUGUGAAAACACGGACCAAGUUGGCCAGCAUGUCUGAGAUGGAUGAGGAUGCAGUGUUGUCGGACGUGGAGGGAGAAGAAGAAGAAGCAGCACAUCAACAAGAAGCCGAAGAGAACGAGAAGGUAGAGGUUUGUCAUUUGACCAAAGAAACCAUAAGUCGGGGGCUCUCCUUGCUGUGCCGAACAGGAAAUGGACUAGGGCACGCGUUUGUCAAAGUGAACCUAAAAGACAACGGACUGGACGACAUUGCUGCGAUCGCCAGUUUUACUCACCUACGUUUUCUGGAUGUAUCCAACAACCACCUUAUUGAUCUUUCUCCUCUGGCGUCACUCACCCAGCUGCUCUGGCUGAAGGUUGACAAAAACGCUGUGGAAACCCUCAAAGGGCAACCUUUUCCUCAGUUGAUCUACUUGCAGUGGCUGAGCGUGGCAGGGAACCGCCUGGCCGACCUGGACGGCCUCGUCGGACCUUCUUUGGAGAGCCUCAAUCUCACAGGUAACCGUAUUCAGAGAGUGAAUGGUCUUCAGAGUGGCUCUUUAGCCAACCUGGUCACGCUGGAGCUGAGGGGAAACAAACUGGAUACCACAGAUGGAAUCAACCUUCCAAACCUGCGGCAAUUAUAUCUGGCCCAAAAUGCGAUCAAGCAUUUGGAGGGAUUAGAGAAGUUAGAGCGCCUCACCACCCUUCACCUUCGAGACAACCAGCUGGAUGCUCUGGACGGCCUCAGCCCCAACAUGAAGUGUCUCCAAUAUCUCAAUGUGAGAAACAACGUGAUCUCAGAUGAGAAAGCUCUGGAAGGCCUCGCGCGUGUGUCAAAAACUCUGCGAGCUCUGGUCCUUUCUGACAAUCCUCUGGUGGACGCGACAGACUACCGGCUGAGCGUACUGACUCUCCUGCCCCAGCUGGAGCGACUGGACAAAGAUCCCGUCUCCCCAGAGGAGAGGGUCGAGGCCCGUGAGAGAAUGAUGGCGCUUAAAGAAGAGGAAAUUUGAGCAAUAAGAUUUGCAAUGAUGGUCAAAAUAAGGAAGUGUUUGACUUCCUUGAAAACACAGGCUUGCUGCGUGACUGGUUGACAGGGAUUGUGUUGUUGGGCUACAUCUUGAUAGUGUAUCUGUCUGGUGUACUUUGUAUCUGUAACAAGGAUAAUAAAAGGUUCCCAUCUGUCAUUUUCUUACCACCCAUCAAUUUUCUCAACAAUAAAAAAAUGUAAAUGUU